GGAACAGCCAAUUGGAUCAGGGAGUGUGAGACCAACAGACCAGCCGCCCAGCCAGACGGGCGGGAGAGGGCGUGGUCAAAUCCGGCCCCGCCCCUGCUCCGUGGCUGGCUCACUUCCGACUGGCGCCUCCGGCGAUACCAGAAGACAUGGGCAAUACCUGGCGGAGCCCUGGGUGGGUGCGGCUCGCGCUGUGCCUCGCGGGCCUAGGACUCUCUCUCUACGCGCUGCACGUGAAGGCGGCGCGCGCCCGGGACCGGGAUUACCGCGCGCUUUGCGACGUGGGCACCGCCAUCAGCUGUUCGCGCGUCUUCUCCUCCAGGUGGGGCCAGGGCUUCGGACUGGUGGAGCACGUGCUGGGCAAGGACAGCGUCCUCAAUCAAUCCAACAGCAUAUUCGGUUGCACCUUCUACACACUACAGUUGUUGUUAGGUUGCCUACAGGGCCGCUGGGCAUCUGUCCUGCUGGUGUUGAGUUCCCUGGUGUCUCUAGCUGGUUCUAUCUACCUGGCCUGGAUCCUGUUCUUCGUGCUCUAUGAUUUCUGCAUUGUUUGCAUCACCACCUAUGCCAUCAAUGUGGGCCUGAUGGUGCUGAGCUUCCGGGAGGUCCAGGAACCCCAGAGCAAGGUCAAGGGGCACUGA